AUGGAGUUUGCUGCCGGAGACACAGACUCGCGCAUCAUAGGAGUGGACACCAAAAAUCUGAUAGCUCAAAGUCUGCUACAAUCGAGCCAUUUAGGUAAAGUACCAUAUGGAGGUUUUGUCAAGGCAACAAAGGAAUUUGGAGUGAGCAGGAAGACAGUGCAUAGAAUCUGGGCAGAGACCAGAAUACAAAUCCAGAGUGGAGUACUUGUGAGCAUAAAAGAUCGUGUUAAAGGCUUUAAGCGCAAGGAUGAAAUCCAGCUUGAUGAAAACAGGGUAAGAGCUCUUUCAUUCUUUGAAAGAUCUACCAUCCGCAAAAUGGUUGUCAAGCUUGAUUUAAGUAAGAGUACAGUAUGCAGGAUGGUGAAAGCAAAUCAUCUGAGGCUACACACAAAUGUUGUGAAGCCCCUACUUACUGCCUCAAACAAGUUAACAAUAAUGAAAUGGGGUCUCACUCAUGUUCUGCCUGUGGUGCACAAUGGUAUGGUCAAAUAUCACACAAUGCACAAUGUAGUGCACAUUGAUGAAAAAUGGUUUUUCAUGAUUAAGAGUACGGAUAGAUACUACCUGCUGCCAGAUGAGGAAGAACCAUAUAGGUCAUGUAAGUCAAAGCGGUUCAUCACAAAGGUGAUGUUUAUGUGUGUUGUGUGUAGAGUGUAG